CCCGGCCCCGCUCGCUCCGGUGCAGCCCCGCCAUGGCGGGCGGCCCGGCCGCGCUCGCCCUCGGUGUCCUGCUGGCCGCGUGCCACGCGCUGGACAACAGCACGGCCGGCCGGAGCGCUCCGGUGGCGGCGGCGGUGAGGUCGCACUUCAACGACUGCCCCGACUCGCACCGGCACUUCUGCUUCCACGGCACCUGCCGCUUCCUGGUGCAGGAGGAGAAACCCGCCUGCGUGUGUCACUCGGGGUACGUGGGGACACGCUGUGAGCACGCUGACCUGCUGGCCGUGGUGGCAGCCACCCAGAAGAAGCAGACCAUCACCGCCCUGCUCGUGGUGGCCGUGGUGGCCUCGGCGCUGCUCGUCACCGUCUGCGUCCUGGUCCACUGCUGUCGCCUGCGGAAGCGCUGGCCCUGGCCCUGGCCGUGUCCCUGUCCCUGUCCCUGUCCCCGCUGGUGCCGCGAGCCCGGAGCCGGCCCCGAGAAACCGGGGGGGCUGCUCAAGGGGACAGCGUCCUGCUGCCACAGCGAGACAGGUGUGUGACAGACCCGGGACACCCUGGGGACACCCGGGGACACCCUGGGGACACCCGGGGACCGUCCCCUCCCCCUGCUCGGCUGCGGAUCCCUCUCGGGGCGUUUCCCCUCUUCCCGCCGUUCUCCCGGGUUCCCCCUCGACUCUCGGGGCGUUUUCCCGGCAUUUCCGGCACCCCAAAGAUUCGGGAUUUUCACCCAAACCCCGCCAGGACGGGGAUUUAUUUUUCUACGGCAAAAAAAAAAACCCCGACCCUGCUCGUUUUUGGGGCCAAAUCCCAAGUUUUUAUCCACAAGAAAUGAAUUUAAAUCCCAGGAAACCUCCUCGGGCUGGAGGCUCAGCCUUAAUUCCCCCUUAGGAACCAAGCCAGAGCUUUUCCCUCUGUUUUCGGGGUUGUUUUCGGGGUUGUUUUUGGGGUUUUUUGGGGUUGUUUUUUUUUUUUUUUUAAAGUCACGGUUACUCUCAUGUCUUCUGUAUAUGUUGCACUGAAAGUUAAUAUUUAAUGUUUUAAUUUAUUUCGCCUGGUUUAAAUUAAUUUUGAUUCCUAUAAAGAUGUUCUUGUCAUC